CAAAUUCUCUUUUGGCCUCUUGCCGCUCUAGUGGUUCGGGGAAACCCUCUGUGUGCGAAGCCGGGACAGGCGGCCAGCUCCAUAUCAGCAGCCUGGAGAUCAACGUGGGACCCCUUCGGUGACGUUGACCAUAUCAUUCAUACCCAUAGUACAGAACAUUUAUAGCACCUAACUGGCACCUGUUGCAUUUAUGGCAUAGACGACGUCAUAACCCACCUUGUCUGCUUGCAACUCGAGCUACCGCGAUAAGAGGUUUUGUCAAUGAAGUGUCAUGGUCUAGUAAAGAUGGCGCUAGGACGUGAUUUCUCAUUCACUGAACCUUGGAAGCGCCAAUUGGCUUCUGAUGCCGUUAUCUCGUUUCAAUCAUUCUUAGGCCAUAAGAUUCCGACUGCCGCUACUACUACUCUGUUCAGUCAACCCACUUUCGCCGGCACGUCUUCUAAAUAUCUUAGCACUUCAAGGUGGGGCCCAUGGUGGGGCCCAUGGUUCGUCUUUCGAUAUUGAGUAUCUGAUGGCACACGACGAUAGCAAUUGUUGGAAGGAUGCAUUUGACAUUCAGAAAAGCGACCCGAUUCCCGAUGCGGACUUCGCACGCCCAGGACGAGCCGAGAUCCCUCGAAAUUCAUACAACAGUACUUAAGUCCUUUGCGUAUACUUCGGUCUCGCACGGCUCCAUUGUCCUCGAGCCAUAGCGACGCCUCUUCACGAUGCCUGGUCUGGCUGCUCUUCGUUUCUUGUCUGCACUUGCUUUGGUAGUAGCAGAGGCGUACGACGUUCGAGCUUUGGACUGUCAACCUACAGCAAGCGAUGCACGAGCAUUCGCAUUGAUCCCGUUUGAUUACAUCGUCAUCGGCGGAGGGAAUGGCGGCUUGGCUUUAGCAGCGAGGCUUUCUGAAGACUCCAACAUACAAGUUGGCGUUAUUGAGGCAGGAGGCCUCAAUCUCAGUGAACCGGUAAUCAACAUCCCAGUGGAUGCCGGGGGUACCAUUGGGAAUGCUGAGUAUGACUGGGGCUUUUCGACUAUCCCACAACCAGCAGCGAACGGGAGGUCUAUCUCCACACCGAGGGGAAAGAUGCUCGGCGGAACAACAGGCAUGAAUUUCAUGAUCUGGUGCCCCGCAUCACAGCCCGAAUAUGAUGCCUGGGACGCGUUUGAACCUGGAUGGAACUGGAACGCCCUCCUCCCUUACAUGAAAAAAUCGUACACUGUCUUCCCCAACCAAACGGACCCGUUCCCCGGCUAUCCUGCGGCAACUAGCGCCGAUCUGGCUUUUGAAGGUUCUGGGGGCCCCGUUCAGGCUUCUCUGAAUGUGUAUUACUCAGACCCGAUACCCACUUUUGUAGACACUCUGAACCAGUUCGGAAUUGUCCCGAAUACAGAUCCCGACAACGGCACCACCGCAGGGGUCCACAACUCUAAAUUGAGCAUCGACCGCACCAAAGGGGUACGCUCGUACUCAGCACCGGCGUACUAUUGCCCGGCCUCAUCCCGAAGGAACCUGCACGUCCUGACCCAUGCCCAAGCGACUCGGGUGGUGCUCGCCAAGAGCAGCAAGGGCGUGACGGCCACGGGUGUCGAGUUCCUAGCUGGUUCUUCCGGGGCGAAGCUCGUCGCAAAAGCCUUGCGGGAGGUCAUACUGUCCGCGGGCACAUACCAGACGCCUCAGCUACUCGAGCUGUCGGGGAUCGGUAACGCGACGCUUCUGAAAUCAUUGCAUAUCACGCCCGUACUGGAUCUUCCCCAAGUGGGCGAAAACCUACAGGAUCAUCUGUACACUCCCGUACAGUUCCAAUUGAAGCCCGGGAUACAGACAUUGGAUGAACUUCGCAUCAAUGCAACGUUCGCCGAAGAAGCGGCAGCGCGAUACGCAGCGAAUGGGACGGGCAUGCUCGCUGCGAGCGACGCGACGAUUAUCUUUUCGAACUUCCCGAGAUUGAACACGGGCACGUCCGACGGCGCAGCCAUGCUGCGCGCAUUCGACGCUGCCGUCGCUGCGUCAGGGAGACUGACACCGAUGCAGGAGGUGCAGUAUCGGAUUCAGCGGCAGUGGGUCGCGCAGGGCGAAGUCCCACAGAUCGAGUUCCUUAUGUUCAACAAAGGGACUAUUGAAGUGGCUGUGAAUGCGAGCUAUAUCACACUCUUUGCUGGGAUAAUGCACCCUUUGAGUCGAGGCUCUGUGCAUAUCAAUUCCAGCCAGCCCACAGCGCCGCCCGUCAAUUCGCCGAAUUAUUUGUCUAAGAACUAUGAUCUUGUCGCUAUGAUGCAAGGGGUGAAGUUUGCGCGCAAGCUCGCGAGCACUACGCCUUUCUCCGAUCUGUUAGUGCAGGAUCGAAUCACUCCGGCUGGGACAAGCGACUCGGAUCUAACGAGUUGGACUAAGAACGCGAUAGGGAGCGGAUGGCAUCCUAUAGGUACAGCCUCAUUAGCAGCGCGUCACCUAGGAGGCGUCGUGGACUCGAAUCUCAGAGUAUACGGUACGACGAACGUCAGGGUGGUGGACGCGAGUGUGAUCCCGCUACAACUCGGGGCGCAUAUACAAUCCACCGUUUAUGCUAUUGCCGAAAAGGCUGCCGACUUGAUCAAGAGUGAGCGAGGUCAUGGGCAGAUCCCUUGAGUUUGCUAUGGGUGCCAAGUUUACGCAGACGAGCGAUGGAUUACCAGGGCUGAUUUAUGUAUCUUUUGAUUUUGAAAAAAAAAUAAAAAAUCAACGCAUCUAUAUCCCGCGCGGCGUAAGGCCAGUGGCGGUUUGAUUUAUGCAUU